GCAAAUCACACCACAGUAUAGGAACUAUACAGUAGUAACACCACAGAACACUAAAUAUAUAAGAAGUGCUAACGCCGUGCUAAAUCAAGGCAACAAUGGGCGCGUUCAGCAGACACAACAGUUGUCAAUAUUCUAUGAAUUUUCUGCUGAACGCGUUCGAUCAGUUUCAGCUAGGGAGUGUAUGCUACGCCGCUACGGAGCGGUCGCCAUUUUCGUUAGCGAAUUUAUUUUAAGCUCCUUUUUGGUAACGUGUUGAGUUAGUGACAAGUGACAUUUGUUUUGGGACGAAAUUUGAAUUUCAAACAUAGAAAAGAUGGAAACUUUUAGAUAUUCUUUUAAUAAUAUUACUUAUGAUGUGACAGAAACUCCACAAAUUCAUCAGAGACUACAAAAUGAUAUUGUUUUCUGCCAGAAAUACUUUGAGGGGGACGCUUCAAAAUCGGACCAUUCAUUAUCAUCCUCAGAGUGUCCUGAUUCACCCUGCAUUUCAAAAGAAUCAAAUUCUAGAAAAAGACCUCGAUCUGAAAGUAAUGAUACGUCAGAAGAGAAAGAGAAAAAAAAGACGCGAAAUAAAUCAUUAUAUGACCAUAGAAAAAAAAUGGUUGAAAUUGAAGAGAGGCGAUUGGACCUCCUUUCCCAAAUAUCAAAGGAUUUGAAGGAACAGACUACAAGGUUGAUGGCUGAAAAGAAUAGGUUGACGGCAGAAAGGAAUGAUAUAUUAAGGAAAUUGUUACCUAACAACUCAAAAGAAAAGAACUAAUAUAAAAAUCAACUCGCAAAUUAAUUUUAUAUGGACCACUUGAAUUUGCUGGGAUAAUACGGGAAAGAUCCUACAAUUGCAUAAAUAAGAUUUCAUUUAUUGUUGAAUUUGAAUGAAUAAAUAAAUAUUGUUUUUUUUACACUUGUUAUGAGUGUAUUAGCUAAAAGCCUCUGUGCCAGUUUUGUAGUAUGAAAUAAAUGAUUUGAAAAAAAAAAUUAUAUUUUUCCUUGAUUACUUUUGGUUCAAUACAAUAAGAAUAUUUGCAUCUAAAAACUUAGAACAGGGAUUCUACUCAUGAGAAAGCCCAAAGCAGUCACCACUUGCUAAAAAGCAUUCCUGCUUUGCGAUCAUCUAAAGUGUGAAUAACAUUUUUUUGUUCCAAAGGAAUUUUAUGUGGACCGCUCGAAUUUGCAGCGAUAAUAUGGGAAAGAUCCUAAAAUAGCAAAAAUUAGAAGAUUUCAGUUAUACAUAGAAUUGUUGCUUUAUUUUUUCUUGAAACUGAAUUAUUGUUGUUUAAAAAUUUUUAUGUAA